AUGUCGUCAAAACCUACGUCCAAAUCCUCGUCCAAGGACCCAUCGAAGGAAAAAGAUAAGUCGAAAACCCACAAGCUCUCCCUCAAGGGAAGUUCCAGACUGGUCGCCGAAUUUUUCCAAUACUCCAUCCAUUCAAUUCUGUUCCAGCGAGGCGUCUAUCCCGCUGAAGACUUCGCAGCCGUCAAAAAAUAUGGUCUCAACAUGCUGGUCUCGUCCGAUGAUCAAGUGAAAGCCUACAUCAAGAGGAUUAUGUCGCAGCUGGACAAGUGGAUGGUCGGCGGCAAGAUCUCCAAGCUCGUCAUCGUCAUCACCGACAAGGACACAGGCGAGCACGUCGAGCGAUGGCAGUUCGAUGUCCAGAUCUUCCAGCCCACAAAGUCCAAGUCGAAAUCACGAACGCCCGCGACCGACCAGGAAAACUCGGCGCAGGGCGGAGCCGCCGCCGCGCCAGACAAGACGGAGCAGGAGAUCCAGGCCGAGAUCGCCGCCAUCUUCCGCCAGAUCACCGCCUCCGUCACCUUCCUCCCCCAGCUCAGUGGGGACUGCACGUUCAACGUGCUGGUGUACGCCGACGCCGACUCGGACGUGCCCGUCGAGUGGGGGGACUCGGACGCAAAGGAGAUUGAGAAUGGGGAGAGGGUGCAGCUGAGGGGGUUCAGCACGGCGAACCACAGGGUCGAUACACUUGUGAGCUAUCGACUUGGAGAGUAA